AGCCAAGAAACGAUAUUCAUAAACAAAUAUUCUCCUUCUUGUUUCAGUCGAAGCCGAAACUAAUUAGAAGGCAAUGCCUUUCAUCAUUUAUUCUUCAAUAUAUUCUCUUUUGGCCAUUACCAUUCUUCAAGUCUAUACAUCUGAAGCCAAACUAAUCUGCAAUGUGACAGUUUCAGCUAUCUUCGCAUUUGGGGAUUCCAUACUUGACACAGGAAACAACAACAAUCUGAUUUCAACUAUUAAGAGCAAUUUCCCACCCUACGGAAGGGACUUCAUGGGAGGAAAGCCAACUGGAAGAUUUUCCAAUGGAAAGGUUCCUUCUGACUUGAUUGCGGAAAAAUUGGGAAUAAAAGAGUUGGUGCCGGCAUAUCUUGAUCCAGAUCUACAAAUGGAAGACCUCAGGACAGGAGUAAACUUUGCUUCGGCUGGGGCAGGAUAUGAUUCUUUGACAUCUUCGAUAGCGUCAGUUAUACCUCUUACGGAACAAUUACAAAUGUUCGAUGAAUACAUCGAAAGGGUGAAAGAGUCUUUUGGAGAAGAAACAGCAAGAAACAUUAUAGCCAAUGGCUUCUAUGUAGUAUCAGUAAGCAGUAAUGACAUUGCUAACACAUAUUAUCUCUUUUCCGCCCGGAUGUACCUCAAUAUUUCUGAUUAUACCGAUCUUUUGAACGCCUUAGCUUCAGACUUUUAUGAGGGACUAUAUAAACGAGGAGCACGAAAGAUUGCCAUCUUUGGGGCACCACCAUUAGGAUGUGUGCCAAUUGUAAGAACUUUUAAAGGAGGGCAAGACAGAAAUUGUGUAACAUCCAUCAAUGAAGCAUCACAAUUGUUUAACAGUAAGUUUAAAGUAACACUGCAAAACCUCAACAAGAAAUAUCCCGAUUCCAGGAUGGUCUACGUUGAUGACUACACCAUUUUGAAUGAUAUGGUCCAAACUCCAGAGAAACACGGAUUUGAAGUUAGUGACAAAGGAUGCUGUGGUACGGGUACAUUUGAAGUAUCAAUGUUUUGCAAUCAAUGGACUCUGAAUUCAUGUUUUGAUGCCUCCAAGUAUGUUUUCUGGGACUGUUACCACCCAACGGAAGCAGCCUAUAGGAUCAUCGUGGAUUCCUUAUACGAUGAAAUUAUUAAGCAGUUGUUUAUGUGAUUUCUGUAAUAACAUGCAUUUGAUUAUGCCUGUUGUAUCACUUCUGCGUACCUUCAAACAUAAAUACUUUGAAGCUUUUAUAUGAUAAAAUUAUAUGUAACUUUUACUGCUUUUAGUUCAAGUUAUCUUUUAAAUAAUCUCGUUGAACUGAGACUCAGUCUCAGCCCAGUCCAGAAUAAAAUAUAAUGAAUGAAGAAAUAAUGAUGAAAUAUA